AUGGAAGAAAUAGAAGAAGAUAACAGUGAAAUAAACGCCUCUGAAGAUAGUAAACAGGAUGAUGAAGAAGUAGUCCAAUUUAAAAGACCAAAAACUCUUUCUAAACGUGCCAAAAAUAUUGAUAUAGAAAAAAAAAUGAAUGAAGCAUAUGAUUAUUUAAAACAACUAAUAAUGUUUCGUCUUGUAACAGCUGCGGAGAAGGAGAAUUCGGAGAUGGCUGUGGGGAGAAAGUAUUUGAGAGUAACUCCGGAGAAGGUGACGGAUGGUAGGACGAGGAUGGCUGUGAAGAAGUUGAUGGACGAUAAUUUGGGGAUCUCUGUGGAAAGGGAUAUGGAUGGUAGGAUGGGGAUGGCUGUGAAAAAAUUGACAGACGAUAAUUUUGGGAUGGCUGUGGAAAAGUAUAUGGAUAGUAGGAUGGGGAUGUUUGUGAAGAAGGUUGAUGGCUGUCAAGGAGUUGAAUUGCUGGCUGCACCGAAUCAUGGCUUGAACACCAGCGGCACUGAUGACACAGUAUCUGUUGUUACGACCACUAGUAAUAAUCAAACAAGUGGACAACAAACAAUUAUUAAUAAUGACAAUAAUGAGGACUAUGGAGCUUCAACAAGCAGUCGAAUGACUGAUGUUACAAGUAUCCACAUAACGGACUCCACAGAAACGUUCAAUUCAUACGGAAGUAGAGCGGACUCCGCCCGGCUCUCGUCAGCAACUGAAUAUACAAAAUUCUGCAAUGCAUUACAACUUAGACUUGCCCUUAACACGACAAGUAACCCUGAUUCGGAUGACAAUAAUUAUAUUAAGAUUACAAAGAGCCUUAAACGUGCGUUAGGCGAUCUCCCAUUUCAGCCGCUGUCGUCCAUCUCUGAAAUCAAAGUUAUGUUUGCUGAGCUAAAAACUCAACAAGAUCAGAAAUUUGAAUUACUGAAUACCGCCCUCAUGACCAUCGUGACCCAAAAUCAAGAAAUUCAAAAAUCUGUUGAGACUCUUACUCACCAACAUCAAGAUUUGUUAGCAAAAAUAAAUCAUUUAGAGCUAGAAAAUAAUGAAUAUAAGCAGCAAAUCCUCACCUUAGAAACUAAACUAGACCUCCUUGAAAAAUGCGCGCGUGGUAAUUCAAUUGAAAUACGUAACCUGCCGGUACAGACCAACGAAAAUAAGAUAGUCCUGAACGAUAUAAUCCAUAAACUUGGCUUAACUUUGGGUCUGAAUACUCCCAUUCAGGACUCGGAGAUAAGAAAUAUAUUCCGUACAAAGACAGACGCCAUAAUAGUAGAUUUCAAUUCAAUACUGAGGAAGGAAACUUUUCUUUUAAAUUAUAAAAAUUAUAAUAAAUCCAAACGGCAAAACGGAGAAACAGUGUUAAACUCGGAACACAUUAAUUUACCUGGUACACCGCGCUCAAUCUACAUUUCAGAAUACUUGACAACCAAAUUAAGAAGAGUUUUUUAUAUAGCCCGUGAGAGUGUCAAGAACAAAAAGUUAUUUGCUGCAUGGACCGCUUACGGUAAGAUCUAUGUAAAGAAAGAAGGGGGAACUAAGCCAAUUCGCGUUGACAACGAAUCAGAACUAUAUAAACUUACUUUGUGA